CAUGGGCGAUGCUGAAUGAUGACAGGUCCUCGCCUGAGCACGCGUGGGAUGGAAGAAUAUGUCUAGGCUCAUCCCUCAGCCUGGUCCUGCUGUCCUUCUCCGCCUGCCGGAGAGCAGUUACGCAUAUUGCCUGUCAUCUAUGAGGGGCUUACUCUGCAUUUUCGCCUGAUGCUGCAUCUGAAGACUGGCAUAGUCUAAUUCAAUCCCAAUUUCUUACGACGCCCGAGGAAUAUGCGCUUCUUCUUCAACUGAUACGUCGUUUCGGAAAAUUUCCUCCAGCUUUGGGCUGUUGUCGAUCGAAUCUACGCCUCCUCAGCUCACUUGCCUCCUUAACGGCCAUCGCCAACGGCUGGAAAUAGCAGGCGCAUCUUCAGAACGGAGCUUGUCAGUUCAGUAGGCAUUAUCCUGUCGCAGUCCGAGUCGCUAUAUUUUGGCAGGAGUCGGAAGAUGUCAGCCCUGUUCCAGUGAGACUGCACGACAAUAUCAAAGGACAGCAUGCGUCGUCAGCCGUUUUUCUCUCGCCAUGUUGCUCUGGUGUCGCUGUGGGUGGGAAUCGUGGUUGCUAGUAAUAUGACAAUAGUUAGUUGGGAUCGAUUACGAGCGAACAUCAUUCGGGAUACGAUCUACCUGGACGGAGGUGAUAUAACGUGGCUGUAUGUUGCGACCCCGAUGCCACAAGUAUCUUCUUGUCUUUGCCUCAGAGCCGUAGCUGAUGUAGCUUAAGAAACUAUUCCGGCGGAGUUCCAGACUACACGACUAAUGGCGAUGAUAAUACGGGCGUAGCAUACAAGCUCUACCUGAAUGAGUCCUUCAACGCGAAUGGAAACACGACAACGCUGUUCCACACGUUCUCAAAGACAGACGGCGGGGCUGCAAAUAACAUCGCCCCGAGAUAUGUGGACGGUGCGAUGCUUGCAAAUGAUGAUAUGUUCAUCUUAUACGGAGGAAUAACCUUUGAUACGGCCAGACAGGAUCUCCCGUCGGACAGCGAAGUUCUGAGCUAUGAGGUUUACCAGCAAUUCGAGGGAAAGGAUUGGUCGCAGGGAGUUCGCUCAAUAUCUCUCGGGUCAAAUGUCACCAGCUCCGUGACGGACGGCGCUGGUGUCUCUGCCCCCAGCGAGAACCUUGGAUUCUACUUCAGUGGCAUGCGUGCACCAGACUGGGGCCCGGUCAAUACUUACGACAACCCGACUGUCAUUGCCAACACUCUCAUUACGGUGGAUAUGUCAUUGAUGAAGCCACAGUGGUCUAAUGAUACUCUACCAAGCAACAUUUCUGGCAGGGUCAAUGGGGAACUGGUCUGGCUUCCAGUCUCCAAUUCCGGGGUCCUCCUUGCUAUUGGUGGAGUGUACAAUGCAACUGUUCUCUCAGCCGAUUCGACUAUACCGAGCAAUGUGUCGUAUAUUGAUGACGUUAGUCCAACCUACAUGGAGUCAAUCCCUGUCUAUGAUGUCGGAAGUAAAAACUGGUACUUGCAAAACACCACUGGCGACACGCCACCUCAAUUAGCCUUCUUCUGCUCUGUAGUGGCCCCCGCAGCGGACCGCAGCUCAUUCAACAUCUAUAUCUAUGGAGGUUAUGAUGGAGUGAACGUGAGUGAAACUCCAUCAGACGACGUGUAUAUCCUGUCCGUCCCAUCAUUCACUUGGGUUAAAGCCUAUUCUGGGGAUGGAGCAGUACAUGGAAGAAGCGGCCAUAAAUGCACAAAGGUGUAUCCGGAUCAGAUGUUCGUCCUGGGAGGCUCGUACGCUGGAAAUCCAGAACAAGAGCUGGGCGGGAGCAUCCUCCAAGUCUUCAACCUGAAUACCUUACGCUUUCAGGAUACAUAUGACCCAACUAGCUAUAGUGACUAUGAAGUUCCAUCUCUCGUCACAGCGCAGAUUGGAGGAAAUGGCAAAGGCAGUGCCACCAAGACAGCGCCAGCAUCCUGGGACGACGACGCACUCUCUCAAGUCUUUUCGACAAAAUACACCGGUAGCAUUACCACGUAUUACCCUUACAUUGCCACCAAGACUCCAUCGAAAGGAAAAGGCGGCUUCCCAGGAUGGGCCGGAGCCAUCAUCGGCGUAGUACUCGGGGUGCUUCUCAUCGUGGGAUUGGUUCUGGCCUGGUGGUUCCUAUACCGGCGACGCAAGAAUCGGAAAGCAAACACUGCCGCCACGAAAACUGAAGUAGCUGGUGGUCCCGGUGCCCCGGGUUGGAUAGUCAAUUGGAUGAGCAAGACGCCACCGGGGGGUCCCGGACAUCCUUCUAUCUCGCAGGAGUCGGCAUCACAAGUUCAGGGCGACGAGCACAUGUCCCAGACGCACCAUUCUUCCAUUUCGCCUCUUACGCCUGGUGCUCCGAGUUCGACGGGCGUGGGAAGCUCUGGUAUGCAAGAAGCGGAUGGAUCAGCGGUGCAUGAGCUGGAUACGGACAACCCACCCCCUGUCCCAGGGCGAUUCGAAAUGGAAACCGAGUUCAACGUUGUCAGAACCAACCCCGACUCCGACGACCACCGUCCAGGUUCAGCAACGAACGAACCGCGUUCUCUCGAUGCCAUGCUCAGCUCACCGUCUACGGAAAGGUCUCCCGGGGGCUUCUCGGAUGCUUCCUCCAGUGAUUCUCCCCCUACACGAUAUCCUUAUCAUGGCCGCCACUACAGCGACGUUAGCUCGCCCCUGUCUGAGCUGUCUGAGAUCUCAGAAGGUAGUAGUUCGGGGCCGGGCCGUCCUCGAGAUGUCUCGGAUGUGUCUUAUGCUAGUCCUUUAAGCCCGUCUCCUGGGUUUCCCAGGGUGGAUGAAGAAAGGGGGUCGUGAGAAUGGUCUUGGAUAACACUAACCGGGGUAAUGUAAUUAUUUGAUGGCUAUGAUAUAUGUUAUUGUCUUCUGGGUUUAUGAUGCUUUGUUAGCCGGAGUAUUUGAUGAUAAUAGCUAUCUAUCUACAUGGAACGACUAAUGAUUAAAUUUGAUACUUCUCCAGCUCAUUAUUCAUAUACGAGGAACAACACUCCCAAACGGCAACGCGUUAUCCUCAUGGGGAAUAUCCGUCCACUCAGUAACCUUCUGGAAAUCCAUAACUUUAUAGGAUCCCCCGAAGCGAUUCUGCGUAUCGUCCCAGUUCCGAUUAACCGCCUGCUCUGGCCUCCAGCGAACUGCAUACGCGAUCCUCUCAUUCAGCACACCCUCGAGUCGAUCAACGAUAAACCCCCCAAUAGACGGGAUAUGGGCGAAUCCCCGCCCAGACGCGCCCACGGCCAGAAGAAGUGAAGGAUGAUCAGGAUGAUAAUCGAUUAGGAAGUUCCGGUCGACCGUAUCAGCGCACCAGCAGAUCCGGGCAAAUGAGAACGGCCUCUCCGCGAGCUGCGGCAUGGUAGCCCGCAGAAGACCGCGGAUACGCUCCGCUGAUUCAACAGGAAUCUGGUGCCUCGCAAAGGGGACACUGCGUCGUUCCCCAUUCUCGUCCAUGACCCAGUUACAGUAACCGCAGUGUUCGUCGCAGACCUUCAUCUCGUGCUUGUCCUCGUCCGGCUCUAUGAAGAAGCCCUGGUCUGCGUUGAACAGCACGGGCAGGUUACGGUACUUCUGGGCUUCCUCGGGCGACAUGCGGAUAUGCGCUAGCGUCCACGCGGUCGGACGAAGCUGUUUUUUGAAGUCCAGGAAUUGAUCGGCGUUGGCACCGGCAGCCAGAAUCACCCGUGACGCGAGAUGUUGCCUUCCAUCUGCCGUUUGCACACCGAUCACAUCCUUGCCCUCACUGUCGUAGAGUAGUCGGACGACUUUCCCCUCCAGCUGUCCCCCGACGAAAGUCACGCCGAGUCUCUUCGCCUCCGUAAUAGCCGAUACCAGCGCGUUCCGUGCGUGCACCCAUCCCGCCCCGUUUUUUCUCCAGAAGCCCUUCCAUCCCGGCAGGGGUCCCGUGAGGAUACCGGGGGGCAUGGUCUUCCGGAAGUCUUCCGGGGUAUUCAGCUCGACGACGUCGAAGCCUUCCCGGUGUCGUCCUCGGAUGGCUUUCAGUCCGCCGGGGGAGAACGCGGCGAUGAUAUUCCCCGUCUCGUGGAAAUGGGGUCUGAAGACGGGGUCUUCUCUGAAGCCCUUGGCGAGGGCUGCGAAGAAGUUACUUGCUAUUCUAUUUCAUUUGCGUCUUUGGACGGGACAGAACCUACGGAAUGAGACUAUCUUGUUCACGUCGUUCCCCGCGGAAAUCGCCGAGGGCUGCGGAUAGGCGUCCAACACCGUCACAUCGGUGUAGCCUCUUCUAGCAAGAUGGAGAGCAGUCGAAGCACCCCAUGUGCCGGCACCGACGACAAGGAUCUUGGAAGAAUGACCGAAGUCUUUGGCCGUUGAUUGAUCUGGAUUGAAGCCGCUGAUUCGGAGUUCGAUUGAAAGUGAGGGAACUGAUGGGUUCCCCCGUACAGCAGGGUCCGAGACCAUUUUGAAUGAAGUUAUCACGGCGAAAAGAAAGGAAUCCGUUGAGUGCUGGAGUGACUCUUAUAUCUGUAGCGGAUGUCGUGAUAUCUGGCAAGAUAGAGGAAUCUCCUAUCUGAUUAUCCGUCUCCACCGCGGAAGGUCCAAGCGAAGGUUAGACCCGGAAGCUUGUCUUCAGCAUUAGAAUCGAUUAUAUCCGGACAGCCAUUGAUCUGUCAAUCUGGGGAUUUUGGUUCGAUGUAAAGAGGGCGGUUAGUAGUUGGGUGGGUGACCACCAGCGAAUCCCGGCUGUUGCAUGUUUAAUUUUUUAUUGUUAUUUUAUCCACAGGAUCUAGUAUUACAUCAAGG